AUGGUUCUAAUACGAACUCUUAUUCUCAUCUCUAUCCUAUUUGUUUGUGUUAUUGCUAGAAAACAAUCAGAUGAUGCUCAUGGUAUUCCGGCUAUAGCUAGUAUUAUCUGGAUGAUUUCCAAGAAGAUUCAGAAGAUCGAUUGGGAAGACAUCAUUCGUAAACUUGAUAAGAAAGGACUGAGUGAGGAAUGUCGUGAUGACGUUGUUCAUCUUGAGCAAGAAAUUGUCAAAAUCGCACAGAAUGCUAAAAAGGAAUUUCGGUCGAACAUGACCGUUGUUCAAUUGAUGGAUGCUUCCACGAAAAUCCCUUCAGGAGUGAUGGACGGUAAAAUUAUUUGGACAGGAUUGGUUCAACAGUGUUUGAGCAUUUCACAGAAAAUGCAAGCACGUCAACGACUACUGCAAGGAUCAUAUUGUCGUAUACACCUAGCUAUUCCCAAAGUGGGAUGCGCAUCCAGCGUUCAGGAGCAGCUUUAUGAAAAACCAAUGUUAGGACUGGAUGUUUGUAUUCCAAAAUCUUGCGAACAGGAGCUACAGUCUUUCGCUCACAAACACGUUCCAUUUACCGAAGUUUGUGAUGUUCACUGUAUGGAAGAGGAAUCUCGUCUGACAUUUGGCAGCUAUGUUGUACUAGGAAUUCUAGGAACGUGUUUGACAAUAUCACUUGUUGGAACGCUUAUAGAUUAUUACAUCGUUGAUCCACAGCUGACUCACUCUGCAAUUGAAUUUAAUUUCUGGAUUGAAUGCAUUCUGUGCUUCUCCUUAUACUCCAAUAUAAGAGAUGUUUUCAGUACGACACAGAAACCGGGGCAAAUCACCAUGCUUAAUGGAGUGAGGGCUUUCACGAUAGCUUGGGUUAUAGCUGGUCAUGUUCUUCUUGUUUAUCUGAUGAUGAGCGAUAACUCUCUGGUAAUUAAAAAUAUCACUAAUGACUUUAACAUGAUGUGGCUUGUAAAUGCCUACUUCUCUGUUGACACCUUCUUCUAUAUCACAGGAUUUCUCAUUGGAUUUCUCUUCUUCAAACAGGCUAAAACAGACAAGAACUUUGCCUUCUCCAUUUCUCGAUGGUUUAUGUACUACUUGCAUCGUCUUGUGAGAAUAUCUCCAGCCUAUUACAUAGUGAUUGCUUUUCAUACGUGGGUAACACCUGAGCUUCUGCGAAAAAGUGUUUUAGCAUUCACAUAUUACCCUUUGGACAGUUGCAAACGAAUUUGGUGGAGAAACUUUCUAUACAUAAGUAAUUACAAGGAUCUAGAUAAUACGUGUUACAUCUCAUCGUGGUACCUUUCAACGGAUUUCCAGAUUUUCGCUUUCACUCCUGUUGUUCUAAUAAUGUUCGCUCAUAACCGUUAUGGGGGAUUCUUCUUCUCAAUUUUUCUGCUUGUUACUUCCUUUAUGAUUCAUUUUGCUACAAUGGUAAUAUACCAUUUUCCACCAACAGAUGCUCCAGCAAAUUCUCUGCCGAAAGAUCCCUUGAUGACAGAACCAUUCUCAUCGUAUACUUUACUCAUCUAUGAUGCUCCAUGGAUUCGUUGUCCUCCGUAUCUCAUUGGUAUCAUGCUUGGAUACUAUAUGCAGACAACGAAAAAAUUGAGAAUUAGCCGAAUUUUAAAUAUGACUCUACUAGCCUUAUGUGGAAUCAUAAUGUUCGGACUGAUCCAUAUCUUAUAUCAUUACUUCCAGGGUCAUCUCAUUCCAAUCUACCCUCGAGCAAUUUACUCAGCAGUCAGUAAGCCACUAUGGGGGUUAUGCUUAGCUUAUCUCACGUACGCUUGUUAUCAUGGUUACGGAGGAAUCAUUAAUGACUUCUUGUCUUUACCAAUCUUCAUACCGGUCGCCCGACUCUCUUAUUCCAUUUAUCUUCUUCAUAUGAGCAUUUUGUUCUGGAUGGGCUCCUUAUAUGGCCAAAGAUAUAUUUUAUCGAGUUAUACUCAGAUGAUCGUAACACAUUUCAUACCCGCCUUUUGCUUAACAACUUGUGCCGCAGUUCUUCUAUGUGCUAUUUUUGAAAUUGGAGUCGCAAAACUAGAAUCAAAACUGUUAGGGAUUGAUAAGAAAACAACUGACAGCCUAUCUGAUCACAAAACUAAACGCUUUUAA